UAUGAACUGAUGGAAUUAAGCGAUGUCAGCUCAGGCAGACGGUCAGCAGCUGACUGUAAAGUUGCACACUUAUGUGGAUAUCUAGCAAUUAUUAACACAAUAUAACCUGGAAAAUAAGUGUCCUAUAAUUGUACAGGUAUUUUAAUCAAGUGAUUAUAAAUUAUGAAUAAUUUGAGGAGUAUCUUCAGCUACAGAAAUACAAGUAUUCUGAAAACAGGAGUAACAAUGUGUGGCUGUAGAAGAAGUUAUGCUGUCAUGUCCCCUCAACACCUUGAGCCAGGAAAUUUUAAACCAAAGAGAGUCCUCAUACUGACAAAACUUUCAAGAUAUGAAUUUGAAAAGCGUCGACACCCAGAACUUACUGAAAGGCAACUAGAAAAAUGUCUUACAGCAAGAGGAUCAGACUAUAAUAUAUUACUGUACCAUCAUUAUAUUCAUAAGGGUGUUGAAAACACAGUCAAUAGUGUCUUCACUGCAGCCGGUAUCGAGACAAAAACUGUGUAUCGGUUUGACUACACAGAGUCAAAUAUUCAGUGGGCUGAUGCUGUUGUGACCACAGGUGGUGAUGGAACCUACCUGCUUGCCGCUUCAAAAAUUUUAGACAGAAACAAACCUCUUAUUGGGUUCAACUCAGAUCCAACAAGAUCAAAAGGACAGUUGUGCCUUCCACAAAAAUACUCUGUGGAAGUUAAAGAAGCAGUUGAGAAGCUUUUGAAGGGAAAAUUCCGUUGGACAUUCAGAAGCAGAAUUCGUGUCACACUGAUUGGUGAUGACAUUUUUAAACCUCCUGUGGAACUUCAUGACCAACAGCUUCGAUACCAUGAAUACAGGUACUUGGAUUUGGAGCCUCAUGCUUGUGCAAUACGGGAGAGUAUUCCCCCAUGCAGUGAAACAGGAAUGGCAAGGAGAGUACUCCCAUUCUUGGCCCUUAACGAGGUGUUCAUAGGGGAGUGUGUGUCUGCCAGAGUGUCAUAUAUGGAGUUGAGUUUUGACGAUGUCAAGGGAAUCAAGCAGAAGUGUUCAGGACUAAUUGCCAGCACAGGGACUGGGUCAACAUCUUGGACAUAUAACGUAAACAAACUGACAGAGCAAAACAUGGAAGAGAUCCUGACUAUUGUUAAAGAGGAGACAGGCUUUAAAAUACAAGAUACUGACCAACUCUUUGUUCGCAAGAUUACAGAGAAAUUCAACCAGAUGCUAAUUACUGACCCAGAGGUGCCCAAAAUGGUGUACACUAUCAGAGAUCAGCUGGUGACAUCUCCGAUGCGCAAUGAGUGUGUCAAGCCUCGAGGGUUUGCUAAGUCAAUAGGUGUGAAAUCCCGGUGCUUUGAUGCUUCCUUAGUGAUAGAUGGUGGCCUCUCCUUCACAUUCAAUGAUGGAACAAGAGCACUGCUGGAGAUUUAUGAUCAGGAUGCUCUUCGAACUGUCACUUUGCAUGGUGACUCAAUGGAAGUAGCUUUUAAGCACUAGUGAGGUUUGUGAAUACUGUUUGAAAUUGGGUUAUUGUGUUUACUUCAGUACAGUAUGUAAACACGGCAGAAGAGUAGAUGGUGGUUAUCAAAGUAGCUCGAAAAGUCAGUUACACAUGUAUGGAAUAGAUAUAUAGUACUGGUAAAACAGUUAAUUAUUGAAUCAUAUUGAUUAAUUAGCCUCUGUUCAUUAAUUAUAAAAAAGCAACUACA